CAGAAUCAGCAUAUAACCAGGCUUAGGGUUUAGCUCUUGCACCACCUGAAUUACCCUAGCUAGUCCUCAGCUAAGCGAGGCCGUGGUCGUCCUUCUGAAAACAAAUCUCCUUCCCUUCCUUCCUCCUCUGCAACACUCUAAAAACCCAUUUACCCUCCUCUGCUUCGGUGCUGGCUUGCAGCUACUGUUGAGACUUGAGAGACAGGGAGGGAUCGGACAUGAGGCUAUUUACUCACAACAUGCUGUCCUCCAAUAUCAAGGGAGUUUCCAACGGCUUCCCUUUACGAAUCGAGGUAGAGCAAGUGCUCGAAAAGCAAGUGGACUUCAAUCCCGAUUUCGUCAAAAACUUGUUCCCUAAGCUCGAGUGGAAAGCCCUUGUCGACGGCGCACGAACCUUGGGCUACGCUGAGCUUCCCGAGGAGGCCGAUUCAUCGAUGCUUGAGUCUGAGGAAUUCUUAAGGAAGGUUCACCACGCUCUUUUGGAGCUUCACCUCGAAGAGGGGGCUUUGACUUGUCCUGAGACAGGAAGAAAGUUUCCGGUUACUAAAGGGAUACCCAAUAUGCUUCUUCAUGAAGAUGAGGUUUGAGAUGUUUGUUGUUUCUUCAGAUUAGGGUUCUUGUUUUGGGGGGAUUGAGGGUUUUGGGGUUUUCUUUAGAUACUGUCAUUUUGGGUUAUGAAGAUUUGUGGAAAGAAAAUAUUGCAAUUGCCUCAA